GAUCACUCUUCGAGCUCUCAUCCUCUCUCUUCCUCUCUCUUCGAGCUCUCAUCUUCUCUCUUCCUCUCUCUUCGAGCUCUCAUCCUCCACGGCCCCGUGUUAAUGCUUUAAUCUGUAACUCUCUUUCCAUUCAGAGGUUACUACUAUUGUACGUUUUUCUUUCUCACACUCUUUUUUAUUUUUCUUUAACCUAAAACUCACUCUUUCCCCGGUUUCUUCAGAACUCCAUUCUCGGCUUUCUUCGAAGCGUUGAGCUAAGGGACUUGUAUGUGACUUUAGGUUAGGAAGGAAAAAAAAAAGGGAUUGGAAACUUGGCCUUGGAUUGCAAUGUUACUUAGUAUUUGUUCUGUUCAACAAUUUCGCAUCGUUGUAUGUACUUAAAAUUUGAUAGAAUUUAAAGCAUUUUAAUUGGAAAAGAUUGUUUCUAAGGGAAUGGGGUUGAAUCAUUUGCCCUAAGCCCCUAAGUUAAUUUGAAUUCAGUUGGGGAUUUAAGUCACUAAACUGUGUUGUAGGAGAUAUGUUAGUUGCCUGAACCUCUGUUCAUGGCUUUUUUGAAAACCUAUUCAAUUCACAUUGUUUCUAUUGGUCCAAGUUUCCCAUAUAGACUACACUCUGUAUGAUUGAAUUAAUUAUUAUUUUGUGAGAAUCUUACUUUGUACUCUGUUAGAUCUCUAUGAAGUUGAAUAUUGGGAUUCGGCUUUGUACAGACCUAUUAUUAGUUUAUUAUUAUGUCAAAGUUAGAUUACAUGAUUGCUUAUAUAUAGUUAACUUAAGGUGAGAAUGAAAUCCAUGUAGUUUUGAAAUUAAGAAAAUAAAGCAAUCCAAGGUGAUUUAGUCCAAUUACUCACGUUCUGGACUCUGAUCCAGACAUGCACUUCAUCUAUCUAACUGUUGUUAACACUUGGAUGUUUCUCCAGUCCUCACUCUCUCUCUUUCUCUCUGUCCAUCAACUCCAUGACUCUUUCAGGACACCAUAUCCAUCAUCAACUUCGUCACUCUUGGUAAAAGCCAUCUUGCACCUCUUUCUUUCUCUCAUCAACACGGCUUCCAUGUUCUUCUACCUCUAACUUCACAUUAGGUCUGUUCUGUUUCUGUGGGUUUGUGAAUCUUUGUGUCGUUAUGUUUGAUGAAAUGCCACAACCAUCACAAACUAUAGAAUUCCUCUGAACUGUAAUGUAGAAAGCUGUUUUGAUUUUUAGAAUUUCAAAGAUCGAGCUUUCUACAACUAGUUCUUCGCUUACAUGGAAUGAAACCAUAUACAUGUUCAAUGUUCAUAGAAAACUCACCAUUGCCACGAUUACCUACGCUGUUGUCUUUUAAAUGCCAUUUUCCUAUUCAGUUGGUGCCUAGCUUAUAUAUACAGUUCAAGUGACAAUUUAUCACUUCUUUAACAAUGGUGAAAUUGCUUCUUCAUUCUCUCUUGUUUGGUUGCAAUGUUUCUGGCACCAAAGUAGCUGUUAUGUGGAUGCACUUGUUGCAUGUCUAAGUAAUAAGAGAAACUUUAGUAUUAAUGCCGUUGAGCUGGUUAUUAGAGAACCUAAGACCAAUAGCUUCAAAUAACCCCUCUAGAAAAUUGGGCUCACUUGGUGGUAUGUUAAAAUACACAUCUGUUGAAACUUAUUCAGUCCUUCAAGCAAGCUGCCUUCAACACUGGUUUAAAAACUGGCAAGCACUUAGGAGAAACAAAUUGACAGCUAGCACUUUUGCUGCUGCUAUUGGGUUCAUAGUAAAAAAAAAUAAAAAAGUGGGCAGGGUAUUUUCUCUGUGAAUUUUCGGUUCUCAGUUACUAACUUUUACAAUGAAAGCAUCUUAUGGUUUAGUUUGGUGACAAUUUUACCUAACAUGCUUGGAAGACUGUGGCUAAGAUUCUCUUCCUUUUUAAUCUUAUUGCUUCUUGAUUUUAUUUCUGUGUCUUUAUUUUAAAUAAUCUCAGACUUUCUAACAUGGAAUUGGAUUCUCAAUUAUCGCAUAAACUGGAAACUUUUAUGUUUAAUUGGUUUUUCAACUUUUUACCAAUCACGUUAUUUGAGUUUGUUAUAACAAUUCUUUAUUAAUAAGUUAUAUGGGAAACUGUUAAAUUGAUGUCUCCAGCUGUUAGAGAAGAUUCAUUCCAGCUGUUAACUGGAGUGAGACAAGCUUAAAAGGCAUUGGCAGAGGAGAUCAAGGCAAGAUAUGAUAAAGCAGCUGUCAAAGUUGUUGACCUGAUUCUUACACUUCUACAAUUUGGAGGAUAUACACUAGUGCAAAAUUCAGUUGAUCUGUAUCGAAGCUUUGGGUUUGAUACACAGUCAGUCCUCAUUGGGCUCAUCAUAUUUCAGUUUGAUUCUUUGUGAUUGGAGAUUGGUGAAAAAAUAGCUUACAAGCAAUCUAAAUUUGCCUUUUAGCAUACUAUGGGAAAGCGCAGAAAGUUGAAUAUCAUUCAAAAUGAUGGUCAAUCACAAGCAAAAGAGCAAUCAAUUGAAAGCUCUACUGAAGUGAACCAAAAUAACAACUCUAUACUUGAAGAAAAUGCACAAUUUGAAGGAGAACAACACAUACAAGAAGAUAGUCAUGUUCAGUCUCAUACUUCUCUUGAAAGUGCAAAUGAAAGUUCAACUAAAGAUAAAAAGAGAACCAGAGGUUAUACACAUAUGCUAGAUGUGUGGAACUUGCCAGAUGGAGAAUUCAUACUUUUUGAAGUAGAUCAUUGGGGCAAUCCUAUGGGUUGGGAAGGGAAAACUCUACUGAAUGCAAUUGGGAGCUUGGUAAGGAGACACCAAUGUGCUCCUAUCAAUUUUCUUAGCUGGAAAGACAUGCCUAAGGACUAUAUUACUGACAUGGUUGAAUUAAUUCAGAGUAAGUUUCGAUUUGUUCCUGAAUUAACUGAACAAACAAAGAAAAUAUUGAUUGAUGACAUGAGUCUGAAAUGGAGGCAAUUUAAAUAUGAACUGAAAUCAAAAGGAUAUGAUGAGAGCAAAACUAAGGAGGAAAUGAUUGCUCACAUCCCAGAUCCAAGGGUUGAUCCUUCUCAAUAUCGUGAUUUAGUACAUUAUUGGUGUUCUGAGAAAGGGCAGAAAAUAAGCAAAAUCAACAAAAGGAGCCGCUCAAAAUAUGAGGACUUGCAUUGCAUGGGAACCAAUAAUCUUCCAAGACGGAUUCAUGAGAUGACUACAAAGGCUAAGGGAGUGCAACCUUCUAGGGCAGAAAUUUAUAUUGACACUCGAACUCGAAAAGAUGGAAGCAUUGUUACUGAAAAGGCUGCUAUUGUAAUUGAUGAACUAAAAAAGAAAAUGGUUGAAGCAGAGAGUUCGCAAAAUUUACAAAGCACGCAAGAUUCUACUGAUUGGACAAAUGAUAUAUAUUCAAAAGUCAAAGGACCUGAAAAAAGAGGACGUGUGCGUUGUCUUGGCAAGCUUCCACAUCAAGCAAGUUCAUCUCAAAACUCUUAUACAAACAAUAGAAUUCAAAAGUUGGAGAAUUUGCUUGGAAACCUUGUAGCUGUGCUUAAAGUACGAUUUGCAGAAGAUCCACAAAUUAAUCAAGUCUUAGAAGCUAUAGAUCAAGAGGUACCUACAAAUGAUUCUACCGGUAAAGAUCAUCAAACUACAAACAAUCUUAGCUAGAGUCUUGUUCCUUUUACUUGAAUGAUGAUUUGGAAAGCCCUCGUGCAAUUGGACCCUUCUUUAGGCUCUCACGGUCAAGGAAAAGAUGAUGGCAGCAUCAACCACAUGAUUAUUCUGUUUGUGUCCCCACUAUAAAUAUAUAAUUGGGUCAUCUAAUUGAUCUUUUCUGGAUGGGAUCACCUAAAUGAAUUAUUGAUUAACUGGACCAGCUUGUGAUAAUAUAUUGUUAAAUUUACACGUCCCAUUUUUCUUUUUUGAGGUUUGUUUUCUUGUAUAUGUUAUUGGGUGAUAUAUACUUGUUAAAUACAUACUUGAAAGACCUAUGCUAAAGCAAGAGUAUUUUACAAUUGGAAUGAGGGUGGGAAAAAUGUGAAGCAGAAAAGCAACCUUAUUUUCAUGUGAA